AUGAGAGCUACGUCUCCUGUUAUUACUUAUACCGUUCUCUUGCUCUUUGUGCCAUCGGACAUCCUGCAGCUUACAUCAGGCGAUGACACAUCUCAUUCAACGUUCUUUUACCCAACAGAGUCUCACAAGCUCUAUGUUGGAGGGCAGGGGAUCCUAAAGACGGUUCAAGUCACAGAUAAUUUUGCUUGUGUUUUCGAGUGUGUCCGUUUCGGUGAAACCUGCCAAACCGUCAACUAUAAUAAAAAGAGUCAUGGAGAUGGGCUGCACAUUUGUGAGUUGCUGAAUGGGGUUGCACAGGCGAGCCUUAACAGGCUUGUGAUGGACUUGGAUUUCGAUGUUUACACGAAAGAGAAUUGUAAUCUCUGUUUAAAUGGUGGAACCUGCCAAAAGACAGAUGAAGACGCUUUUCGCUGCACUUGUCCCCCAGAGUUUAUUGGAAAACACUGUGAGAGAGGUUGUGCCGUCGCUUUAGGGAUGGAGAGUGGACACAUCCUUAACUCACAAAUCACCGCCUCCUCCACAUAUGGGCGUGACCACGAGCCAUGGCAAGCGCGCCUCAACAAUAAAAACGGUACUGGCUCUUGGUCAACAUACAAUAUAAAUUAUAAUGAUCAGUGGUUACAAGUUGACCUUGCCUCAGAGAAGACCAUCACCAAAGUUGCGACUCAAGGGAGACCAAAUGGCUAUACACAGUGGGUAACACGCUAUGAGAUAAAGUACAGUCUGGAUAAAGAAACGUGGUCAUUCUGCUCCGAAAGAGGUGCUAUUAAGGAGUUCCAGGGAAACACGGAUCGAACUACUGCGGUGUUCAACUAUCUUCCAGAGCCUGUCCGAGCAAGAUAUGUCCGAUUUGUCAUUAAGGCGUGGAACGAUUAUAUCUCGAUGAGAGUGGAGCUCUAUGGGUGUGAUAACUGACCGAAAGACCAGCAUCGAUCAGUGACAUAGUGUUUAUGUCUUCACCAUUUAAACUUUCCAUCAUUAAGAACUUUUGAGACACCUCACUCAUACCAAAUAAUUUAAUAAUUAUAAAUACCUUAUCCAAUUCCGUUUAACAUGUUUUAAGGAUUAUAUUCCCUGUACAUAAUUUCUUUUUAUCUUUGCCAGAAAGUUAUAGAUAACUGAUAACAGAAACUAAGUUAUUAAAAGCAUAAAAUUUAUUCGAGUUCAAUUUGAAAAUAAUUUUAACCAGUUAAUUUUGUAAAGUUUAGGUUAGAUAUAGGGCGAAUGCACUUUGAACUUUUGGCAAGCACUCCAUAUAGAUCACUUUUUAUUGAUUGGACAAGCUCAAAUUCGAAUAAAAGUUUGUAAAUACAAGAGCUUGCUUUGCUAAAGAAUUAAACUAAUAUGGAGACCGCAAUUUUUUUCAUACAUGCAAAGCAAGGCAUCCAAACACAAGGUUUCUAGAUGUAAACUCGAGUAAACUAUUGUUCUAUAUAUAAACAUUUAUUGAUUAUUGAUUUUGUCGUUUUACCGUUAAAAAAGUUUUUUUUCUUUUUGCCGGUGGUCCACAUUAAUUCAUGUAGACUUACAGUAUGUGGGUUUAAUAAAACUGUAUAUCAAACAAGGUGA